CAUUUGCGUACGUACAGUUAUAAAAUGAGCAUGAUAUAGCCUGUAUAUAUGCCCGGAAUGUUUUUUACAAAUUCCUCCAUAGAAGGGGCGCACUCGAUUCUCCCUAGUGGGCGACGUUGAGAAGACAGUCUGUAUCGACCAAGCGUGCAAUUGCAGACCAAUCCGCAGUUUUUCACGCGAUCCUUUAAAUCUUUUGUAUCAUUCUUCGCUUAUAGUCCAACGUAUUAUUUUAACGUUAUGUUUUGUUUAAGCAGAUCAGUCGGAAAUGGUAUACAGAUAUAUUUCCAGGCCAAGGCAGUUUAUUAGACAGCAAGCCGACCUGCUUUAGCUUGUACCGAAACGGACAAAUCUCUCGGUCUCGAGCAAUAUUUCAGGCCUGGGUUUUGAUGGACCGCUCACGGCUGAGUCAAGGUGAGGACAUCAUCAUGGUUCCUGAGUGAGACUUGGGCAGCCUGCCCUGGAUGUUUGGUGGACCUAACUGUGCUUCAGUUUCAUCUUGUGCACUUCAGCCACUUUCCCCACCUUUCCUUCCUCCAAUUUUCCAUGCCAUGGUUUCGUUCGUCAACAUCAACAACGACCUCUGGACAGCAAACUGUCUCUUCUUUAUUGUCAGAGCCCCGAAGACAGCAGGCCUACAGAUGGAUUGAUGCCUGAGAGCAGUUACUGGCAGCUCUGCCCUCCUUCAAAGUCCAGCCUGCAGGGGGUGCUCAGCUCCAGCUUCCCCCCUGGCCCCGUGCCCCUGGGUCCUCCAGAAAACCACUUGCCGGAGGGGGAUGCCCUGAACCGUCCGCUUGCCCCUAGUACCUCUGUGACGGACCUGUCUUUUCCCGGGCUUCCCCCUCCCCCCCCGCCACCCCCCAAACGCCACUGUCGUUCACUGUCUGUGCCAGAGGACCUUUCCCGCUGCCGGUAUACCUGGCGGCCGAGCGCAUCCAAGGUCUGGACACCAGUGAACAGCAGAUGCCACAGUGGAGGGGGCGCGGGGGGGCCGUGUCCGCUACGUGCCCCCAGCUCCUCUCUCAAUUCCUCGCUGCAUUCUUCUUCCAGUCCCACCUUUUUCAGCUUAGCCCUUUCUCCGGAUUCUCCGUUGCCGUGGAAUUUUCCAUGGGACCCGAGUGACAGUGCCGGAGGUGGUGCUUGCUGCUGCUGCUUUCCCUCGCCAUCUUCAUGCUCCUCCUCUCCUUCUCCGCUUCAUCCACCGCCUCCCCCGCUGCGUCGAUUUUCCCUCUCUCCGGUGCUUAUCCGUGAGGCUGCGGCCCAGUUUCUGCCACCACCUCCGGUGCCCCCGCAAAUCACAUCGCAUCCACUGCCUGUGCCCGCCUCGCCCUCGUCUGCCUGCAGCACUCCAUCUUCAGUGCGCCGGGCUCUUCCUCCUCAACUUCCACGGUGCCAUUCUCAACCCUGCGACCUACUUCUGCUCAAACCUGGCCUAAAACGCCGCAGGGACCCGGACAGACCAUGUGCACGUCCUGUGCUGGACUUUGCCAAAAUGACACAGACCCGAAGCACAGAUCCUCUCAGUUAUAUGGAACGUGGCAGACUGGCCUGUGGGGGGGAUGUGUGUAUGGGCCUUGAGCCAUUUUUUGGAGACUUCAGAGGCUCAUGUUCACCAGCUGAAUGCCUUGGCAGGACGAGUAUUGGGCCAUUGAGUGAAAGUGAUGAGGAGGAGGAGGAGAGAGAGGAGGAAGACCCUGAGGAGCGUGACGGGGGACAAGCGAGCGUGUUUGAAAGGGAUUGUACUGAACUAGAUAUCACUCUCAUUGAGGAGAACUGAACGUUGUCCAGGGGAAGAUCUCAUUUCCCUUCCACCGCCAGCAUUCAGCUCUCUCUGCAUCACCUGCUACCUUACACUGGCAGGCCUCUCAGGAACCCUGCUGCCCUCUUUCGAGGCUCACAGGCGUAGAAGCCAAUUAAGGAAGACAUGCAGACUACUAUCAUAUGCUGGGAGUCAUGAACGCUGACCCAUCAACAUUGUACAUUCCAGAAUCAGUUGCUGAGACAUUCUGCAAAUAUUGGAUGCAAAUAUUUCAGAGCUGGAGAAACCAGCAAAGGAGUUUUAUGUGUAUUGGACAGCCUCCUAAAAUGAAUCCUCAAACUGGCAAAACGGAACUGGAGGCAAACAUCCCUUCAGCUUCCUGCUUCUUUUCACGUCUUUCCUCUCAACUUGUUUUGAUAGUCAGAAUAGACUUUAAAGGAUGAUGGUUAUAAAUAUCAGUGUUUUUUUUUUUUUUUAGUUCAAAUAUAAAAGGGCAGUACGACAUAGCAGUAUUUUACUCUGCAGACCUUUAUACUUCCUGACGAAGGUCCAUCAGAUUGAACAUAAGCCAAGAUGCCUGUUUUUUUGUUUUUUUUUCUUCCUCUUUAUCAAAAGUUUCCUUAAGGAAAUUAAUUGUGUACUGUAGCUGUUGUUCUUUGUUUUAUUUUCUGCAGUCUCUCUUUUUUUGUUUUUAAUCUGUACAAUGCAUUCCUCUAAAUUUGAAAUAUGUAAACAUUUAUUAAUGCACUGUAUUUGGGACAUUUAGAAAGAAACAAUGAAAGCAACCACUGUAUUCCGAAGGCACAUUGUUAUACUGUAUUGUACAGCGAGUAUUUGUUCAAAUAAGUUGUGUAAAGAUGGUAGCUUGAAGUUUGGAGACAGGCUAUUGCUGUCAUUUAGAGAUUUUUUUUUAUUGUACGUGUGAUACAAAUUCAGACUCUGUUUAUGUAAAAAUAAAGUUUAUUUGAAAUUA